GUUUGGAAGAAUAGUACAUCUCCACGACGGUUAAUUUGCUGCGUAAAUGUUUGAUGUUUAAUGACUCUGCUGUAAAACUAAAAACAGCUGCUGUGUUGCAGGGCCUACAGCUGAAAUGUAAGCCUAACUUGUUGCUGCUUACCUCAUUGCAUUGCGCGGUAUGAUUUACACUUACUGUGAACUACAGUGAGAUAUUGCAGUGUCUGCCAUAAUAAUCAUAAUCAUAACGCGUCUGAGUGAAGCUAGCUAGUAUUUGUGCUGGUUGGUGAGAAGUCGCGUUGAGAGAAAUGAAUGUGGCGCUUGAUGAGCUGAUGAAGGGGGAGGAGUGCUGAACCCUGGUGUGUUGGUGGACUCCGCUCUCCUGUAUGCUGUGAGGAAUCAGUUACUUCUAUUGAUGAAGCACUAAUUAGAUUCAAUAUAUCCCAGCACUUCCCAGUAGGGUUCUGGGAUUGUUAACUGGUAAUCAGUUGUGAUCCAGAGGGGGGGUGGCAGAAGGCGGGCACGCUGCAGAAUACGCGCGUGUUGGUGGCGUGACGUUGGUGUGUCAGGAUGGGAAACAGCGCACUCAAGACGCACUUGGAGACUUCCCAGAAGACAGGGGUGUUCCAGCUGACUGGGAAAGGGCUGCUUGAGUUCCCGGAGGACUUGCAGAGGCUCUCCAGUAACCUGCGCACAGUCAACCUGUCUGACAACAAGAUUGAGGUGCUGCCGCCCUUCAUCGGAGUCUUCCUCGUCCUCAAGAGCCUCACCCUCAACUGCAACAAACUCACGAGCCUGCCUGAGGAGAUAGGGAAGCUCCGGAAGCUGGAGACGCUGCACCUCAAUGGUAAUCGGCUGCAGAGCCUGCCUGCCUCUGUGGGGGGCCUGGCAGCACUGCGCACCCUGGGACUCUCUGCAAACCGCUUCAGGGAGGUGCCGGCUGGGCUGGGCAUGCUGAGGCACCUGGACCUGCUGGACCUGUCCCGCAACCGCAUCCAGACCGUGCCGGCCUCUGUGGGGGAGCUGCAGGCCAUAGAGAUCAACCUGAACCAGAACCAGAUCUCCACGGUGUCCCCUGAGGUGUCCCGUUCGCCACGGCUCAAGGUCUUGCGUUUGGAGGAGAACUGUCUGGAGCUGUCCUCCGUGCCCCUGUCGCUGCUGUCCCAGUCUCAGGUGUCACUGCUCGCCCUGGAGGGGAACCUCUUCGAGAUCAAAAUGAUGAGAGACCUGGAGGGCUACGACAAGUACAUGGAGCGCUUCACUGCCACCAAGAAGAAGUUUGCCUGAAGCCUGGAGUCUGGUCAGAGAACUGCACCUUCUUGCCUGGGACCAUGAUGGAGAUGAGGGUUAUGUCAGAUUGUGCAGCUCUGCCUGCGAUCAUGUGACCUGGAGGGAGUAGACCAGAGUGGGUGUGAGGAGGACUGAAGGAGCUUCUGAAUGGCCACAGAGCCAGCGCACACUAUAGCAAAGAAGACUGUUGAGCUUUUAACACAGUGCUGCAUGGGAUUUCUUUGAUAACUUGUAUUUACUCCGUACCACAAUGUGUGUCAGCACACCUGACUAUGUCCUGUUAAUCUCUGCCGCUGUCUGAUUCCCCCCUCUACCUUCAGACAGUGUCCCCUCCUGUCCCUCUACAUACAGACUAAUACUGCAGUGCUCUGCAUUGUGCUGAUUUCUACAUAACCACAGGCUCACUGCAGCUCAAACGGACCAAAUCCUAGGGAGGUGUUGCCCCCGUAAAUGAUGAUGAUCCGCAAGCCACAUGUGAUGGAGAAAAUGUUAAAGUUUGUGCAAAAGAAGAGCUUUCUAACUCCUGCAUCCUCGCAAUGUCUUACAAAAAACCUGUUUUAAUUGAUGUGAGGUUUGAGUAAUACACCUUGGUCUGCUUGAGCGGGACUGUCCCAUAGAAACGUCCUCGAUGCACACAGCAUCCAUGCAAGCAGCUCUGGCCAGAUGUUAAUUUGCAGGACUCUGCAGAUUCUUGUAGUUUUGCUCUUUGUAAAAACAGAAAGAUGUAGGGGUUCGGGACAGAUUUUGCCCAGGCUCCAUGUCAGGUAAGCGGAGAGCGCCACUUGACACACAGGUACUGAUGCAAACCAGAGCGAUUUCACACUCUGCUGUAAAAAGCUCUCGGAUAAAUCAGGUGCAGUGUAAUCAAAUCUGAUCUAAUAAAUUAACACAGCGUUUUUUUGGUUUGGUGUUUUUAAUAAAAAUUGUUAUGAUGAUGUAUUGUUAUGAAUGAGGAGAUACAGCUUGAUCUUCAAAACUAACUGUUAUAGGGUUGUCCUAUUCAACAGCUCCCUAGAAAACUGUAUGGGGAAUAAUAAAAAGCACCCAGAAAGGGUGGUCGCACUCCCACUCCUGAACGAGCUUGUAUAACCUCCUCCUGCUGCAGGUAAAACAGGAGCCUGUUUUCUCUGCUUACACGCAAGUGGGUUACCUUUGAGUGAUGUGGUUUUCUGAUAGUGUAAGGCUACACUGGACAAUGUUAUCAGACAGAAGGAUUAUAUAACACUGCAGCUUUAAAUGGCUUAGAAAUGUGGUUCUGACAUAGCUGCUAGGAGGAUCUGGUUCAAAUUCCAGUUCACUGGGUAAAACUUUUUAAGCCAUAAUUGUAUUUUUUUUUUUUUUUUUUGCAAAUUAUAAAAUACAAGGGAUAUACUUUUAAUUGUGUGUUCUAUUCUGAGCUGUCUUUGAAAUUUUAGCAAAUCUCUUGUAAAGUGUUACUUCUGUAUAUUAAAAUGAGGAACACA